UCUCUGUUUCCUCCCACUCUAUAUUAUGUCAUCUCCCCACCACUUCCCUUUUCCACUGCUGUUAAUUUCCUCGAGCACUCAGAAAGUUUUUUCUUCCAUUCUUUCCACAUUUCAAACAUACCCAUUUCCGCAUUCCUAUUUCUUCUUGAUUAUUUCCUAGUUUUUGUCACGCUUCCGCUACAUAUAUCCGACAUCUAUCGAUUUGGGGUUCUCGUCAUUCUUGAAGUACAUAUUCUUAUUAUCUCAGAAAAAAAAAAGCAGCAAAAGUAUACGAUAAUAUUUGUUCUUGGUGAAUAGUAAUUUGUAGAAAAUAAGGAUAUUAGAUAUUGAUGGAGGGGUGUGAGAAGAGGGUGAGGCACGUGAGCAGGAUCGGAUACGCGAAGAAGGUGAUUGGGAAGAGAAAAUGCAAAUCGAGAAGGAUAAAGAGGGUUGAAGUGCCUCCUAAAGUCUCCGUGACGCUUCAAGAUCUCUUCUUUUCUUGCCGACAAGUUUUCAAAGGCCCUGGCACGGUUCCUUUGCCUAACGACGUGCUGAAGAUUUGUCGCAUCCUUGAGAAAAUGAAAGCAGAAGACGUUGGACUCAGUAGCGAUCUACAGUUCUUCAAGCCCAACAGUAUUGUCCCCAAGGGGACUCCGCCUAGAGUCACAUACACAACAAUAUACAAAUGCAUAGAUUUUUCGUUAUGUCUAUUCUUCCUUCCGGCGAAUGGUGUCAUUCCACUCCAUAACCAUCCGGGAAUGACUGUCUUUUCAAAGCUUUUGUUAGGGACGAUGCACAUCAAAUCGUAUGAUUGGGUUGAUCAUCACGCUUCAGCAAUUAGUAAAGAUGACUCUUCGCAAUCUUCGUCUCAACUGAGAUUAGCGAAGUUGAAAACUGAUAACGUGUUCACAGCACCUUGCAAUACGUCUGUAUUGUACCCAACAACAGGAGGAAAUAUCCAUGCUUUUACAGCCAUAACUCCAUGUGCAGUACUUGAUGUGCUUGGACCACCUUAUUCCACUGAAGACGGUCGAGACUGCACUUAUUACAAAGAUUAUCCCCAUUCUUCCUAUUCCAAUGGAGAGAAUAAAUUGGAGGAGGGAGCAAGUUAUGGAUGGUUGGAAGAGAUUGAGAUGCCAGAGAAUUCACAAAUGGACUGGAUUGAAUAUUUAGGUCCACAGAUAUAUGGAGACGAAAAAUAUUUAGCUGAUCGAAAUUAUAUGUACUGCUAAAUUUUGUUUAACUCAGCAAAACGAUAUGAACGAUCGAUCCUAAAUGUAAUUUCAUGAUAUAUAUUUCCCGGCCACUUAAAUAUAUAUAUAUAUA